UUCCAAAUAUCCCAGAAAAGAGUCUGAUAACUUGGGACCCCCUCCUAACAAAAUUCACAGGUCACAUGUUGCCAUGAAAUCACGCCAACCUCAUCCCAAUCACAUGUAUUCUAUGUCUCUCUGCCAUUCUCCCCCCCAUUAUAUACUCCCAAAGCUCUCUAACACUCUCCAGCCAAGUGCCAAAAUUCAUCCAAAGAAACCCCAUUAAUCAUUCAUCAUGUCCUCCUUUUUUCCUCUUCCCCCAUUAUUAUCAUCCUCUUUUUCAAGAUUCUUGUUUGGUUUCCUGAUUAUAUCUAUCCUUCUUCCUGAUUUAGCUUUUAGUUCCAGUUCUAAUACUCCAACCAAAAUUGGUAAAGGCUAUCGUUUAAUUUCCAUUCAAGAAUCCCCUAAUGGUGGCCUUCUAGGCCUCCUCCAAGUGAAGCAGAAGAACAACAUCUACGGCCCUGAUAUCCCCCUCUUGCAGCUCUAUGUCAAGCAUGAAACGAAUGCCCGUUUGAGGGUUCACAUUACAGACGCAGAGAAGCAAAGAUGGGAGGUCCCAUACAAUCUCCUGCCCAGAGAAACUCCUCCGUCAUUAAAACAAACACUUGGUAGGUCAAGAAAGGAUGCAUACACUCUCAAAGCAUCUGAUCAAUACGCAGGAAAAGAGCUUGUUUUUACAUACACGGCUGACCCUUUUAGUUUCUCCGUGAAAAGAAAAUCAAACGGUCAGAUUCUUUUCGAUUCUACCUCCGAGGAAUCAGACCCUUACAAUGGGUUGGUGUUUAAAGACCAGUACCUGGAGCUCUCCACAAAGUUGCCUAAAGAUGCUUCUUUGUAUGGGUUGGGAGAGAACACUCAGCCACACGGGAUUAAACUCUACCCCAAUGAACCGUAUACACUGUACACCACAGAUAUAUCAGCAAUCAAUCUGAAUGCUGAUUUGUAUGGGUCCCACCCGGUGUACAUGGACCUGAGGAAUGUAGAAGGAGAGGCCUACGCCCAUGCAGUUUUGCUGUUGAACAGUAAUGGGAUGGAUGUUUUCUACAGGGGGAAUUCUUUGACGUAUAAAGUGAUUGGGGGUGUUUUCGACCUUUACUUCUUUUCUGGUCCGUCUCCGUUGGAUGUUGUUGACCAAUAUACUUCCUUUAUAGGCCGGCCUGCAGCUAUGCCCUACUGGGCUUUUGGAUUCCAUCAAUGCAGAUGGGGAUACCAUAAUCUCUCAGUUGUUGAAGAUGUAGUUGAGAACUACAAGAAGGCAAAAAUCCCACUCGACGUUAUCUGGAACGACGAUGAUCACAUGGACGGACACAAGGACUUCACUCUCAACCCUGUCAACUACCCUCGUCCACAGCUUUUAGCCUUCUUGGACAAAAUCCAUGCUCAAGGCAUGAAGUACAUUGUCAUAAUAGACCCUGGAAUUGGUGUUAACAAGAGCUACGGCGUCUACCAAAGAGCUAUUGCCAACGACGUCUUCAUCAAGUAUGAGGGCCAGCCUUAUCUAGCUCAGGUCUGGCCUGGAGCUGUUAACUUCCCUGACUUCCUUAACCCGAAAACGGUUGAAUGGUGGGGUGAUGAGAUACGUCGUUUCCAUGAACUUGUACCUGUUGACGGUCUCUGGAUUGAUAUGAAUGAAGCUUCAAAUUUCUGUACUGGUUUGUGUACUAUUCCAGAGGGCAGAAUUUGCCCUAAUGGAACAGGACCAGGCUGGGAAUGCUGUCUCGACUGCAAGAACAUAACGAAAACGAGAUGGGAUGAUCCACCCUACAAGAUAAAUGCAUCAGGAAUACAAGCGCCAGUUGGGUACAAAACCAUAGCAACUAGUGCAUAUCAUUACAACGGAGUAUUAGAAUACGAUGCACAUAGUAUUUAUGGUUUCUCUCAAGCAAUUGCUACUCACAAGGCACUUCAAGGGCUAGAGGGAAAACGGCCGUUUAUUCUGUCACGUUCGACGUAUGUUGGUUCAGGGCACUAUGCAGCACAUUGGACAGGGGAUAAUAAGGGAACUUGGGAAGACUUGAGAUACUCAAUUUCGACAAUGCUGAACUUUGGAAUAUUUGGGGUUCCAAUGGUUGGAUCAGAUAUAUGUGGAUUCUAUCCAGCUCCCACGGAAGAGCUUUGCAACCGUUGGAUUGAAGUUGGUGCCUUCUACCCCUUCUCAAGAGAUCAUGCAAACUUCUAUUCUCCCAGGCAGGAGCUUUAUCAGUGGGAAUCAGUGGCUGAAUCUGCUAGAAAUGCUCUAGGAAUGAGGUACAGGCUUCUUCCUUAUCUCUACACACUAAACUAUGAGGCACAUACUACGGGGGCGCCAAUCGCUCGUCCCUUAUUCUUUACGUUCACGAACGAAACCGACUUGUAUGGAUUGAGCACACAGUUCCUGCUCGGGAGAGGCCUGAUGGUGUCUCCAGUGCUAGAAUCGAAUAAAACUGAGGUGGAAGCUGUCUUCCCUCCCGGAAGUUGGUACGAUAUGUUUGAUAUGAUGAAGGUGAUUGUUUCUAAAGAAUCACAUCAUGUUGUCCUCGAUGCACCGUUGCAUGUGAUCAAUGUACAUUUGUAUCAGAACACCAUAAUCCCAAUGCAACAGGGUGGUAUGAUCUCUAAAGAAGCUAGAACGACCCCUUUCACCCUUGUAGUCGCUUUCCCACUCGGUGCAACGGGAGGAGAAGCCAAGGGGAACCUUUUCCUUGAUGAAGAUGAGCUCCCGGAGAUGAAACUUGGAAAUGGUCACUCAACGUACGUUGAUUUCUAUGCAACGGUUAAGAAGGGGAAGGUGAAGGUAUGGUCUGAUGUUCAAGAAAGCAAGUUUGCCUUAGAGAAGGGUUGGAAAAUUCAGAAGGUAACCGUACUAGGAUUACAGGGAAGUGGGAGUGCCUUUGAGAUGGAAGUCGACGGAAACUCCGUUGAAGAUACAUCUACAGUGGAAAUCAACACAACAGAACAUGAAUAUAUAGAGGAAUUGGAAGAGGGUGGAGAUAAGAUGAAGAAUGUGAUGGUGGAGGUUAAAGGGCUGGAAUUGCCUGUUGGCAAGAAGUUUUCAAUGUCAUGGAAAAUGGGAAUCCAGGCUUGAAAAAAAUCUGUUCUGGGAUAACAAUACAUCUGUUUCUUUUCAGUAUUAUAAUUUCUGAAAUUGUCCUAAAAGUUUCAUCCUUGCCAGUCAUAGUUGUAGACAUUAAAAGUGUCCAUCGAGGUUCUGAAUGGAGAGGAGAUGGCAUAAAAACCUCUGUUCAUCCCUUUCCAUUUAAACAUGCCAACAGAUCAGUCUCUCUUCUUGUUGUUGCUGUAGUCUUAGAAAUGCAGUGAUGCUGCUUGCAAUAAUUCUCUACAUGAUCAUAAAUUCAGAAUUUUCAAUUUA